GAUCCAUUUGAUGAGAUACGUCAAGCCAAAUUCGGCAACGCACUCGCAUACGAAGAAAGCCAGGACAUAAUCCUCGAUCCCACAAAAAACCUCCCCUUCCUCCCCACCGAAAUCCUCAGCGAAAUCAUGUCUCACGCCACGCCCUCGGACCUCUCCUCCCUGCGUCAAACCAGCAAGCGCUUCCGCUUCGCCGCCAAAUCCCUCUUCGGUAAGCGCCUCGUCAACUCCCGCACCCUAUACCCUACCUACACGAGCCUGUCCUCGUUCCUGGCCUUGCUCCUCGUAGACCCGGCCUACCCCCACUUAGUCCGCAACCUGUCGCUGGUAAGUGAGCACGCGGCGCCCAACCCGUACGGCUACGACUGGGCGUGGGAGGAGCUGCAGAACAAGGAGCGCACGGUGGCUACGCGUGUGGAUCGCGUCAUCAAGAAGAGCAUUGAGAUGCGGCAUGAGCGGUGGUGUGCGAGUAGUGCGACGUUUGUGUUUGGUGGGGGUUAUAGGGAUAUGUUGACUAUCUUGUUUAAACGCCUCCCUGCGCUUCAGACGAUCCACCUGCGUAAGCUCUUUAUUGGUGAGAACAUCCCCGGUCCCGAUGGCAUCGAGUUUCUCCAGGGAGCACUACAGGAUCUGUCGUUUUACCGCCCUGGAUUGCCGGUCAAUCGUGUCCUUUAUGGCGAGUGGCAGUACGACAUGUUGUAUCAGUGCAUUACGACGCUCAUUGAUGAGUAUGGCGACGAGUACAUCUGGGAGGGGGCAGGACCCCAGGCAGAUUGUAGGACGGAUGCUAUCGCUGCGGUGAAGAGGGCCCGGAGCAAGGCUGUUGUUGUCAAGACGAAGAGGGGAGUUGUUCAGGAAAUCGACGAGGAGUCUGAUGAGGAGAUGUAUGACGAGGAUUCUGACGAGGAGAUGUUCGACGAGGAGGACGACGACUGAAGAGGAGUACCGAUGCUCC